ACUGUUGUUUUUUACGGGCUUGUGACGUAAGUGGGAGGAUCUUUGGCAAAGCGACCAGGAAGAAAACUAUUCCUUAGGGUAGAGAAAGAAAAAGCCUGAGAUAGCAUGUUGGUAGUAUUAGAUCUUUGGUAUUGCUUUACGUAGUGGAAUUGUAGCAACUCUCAAUCGACGUUAUUAUCUGUAGAACUGGAGUACUGAAGCAAUGCUGAAGUAUGCAGUGACUUCCUUUAUAGCGGCAACAACUUACUGAAUCAAAAGUCACGAUUAUUAAAUUAGUUUGUUGGUACCUAGUGUGUUAUGGAGAGGAACCUUCCCGCUGCUGUGACACAGUGCUUUUCCGUUGUCAUUCUGUGCACUUCUGUAGCAGACCCUAAUUGGAUCACGGUUCGCAAUGGGACGAGAGAUGAAGAGGACUACCAAAUAUUUGGGGUGACAUAUGUCGUCCACCUUAAUUGGAAUGUAACGGGAAACCCAGAUUCUGCUCAUCUGCUCACUCAUACUGGCAUUGUGCUUCUGGUUGGUAUGGCUCUAUGCUGCUAUGUCGCCAUACUAACAGGGCUCUCGGCUUUUCUCAUUGACUUCAUAGGAGCAAAAGCAUGUUUUAAGCUGACUUAUAAAGUCCCAACUGUACUGCAUUCAGCUACAGCCAUUUUAUGUGCAGUGGCCGUAGUACUGUGUUGCAGUCUCUUUGCCUUAAUCGUCAGCAAGCUAAAGGACUUGAAGCUUGCUGAAAUGUAUGCAUUUUUUGGAGAAAGCUUCUACUUUGCCAUUGGUGCUGCAUGCAUUUCUUCAACAGCUGCUGGGUUGAGAAUUUGCCGAACCACACAACAAAGAACAGAACUGCACCCUGUGCAACACAGCAGUCUGGCAGAAGAAACCACUCACCUUCUUGGCAAUGAGGGUGAGGAUCAUAAUCAAGCAGCAUAUACCUAACACAGUUUGAGUGCCUCAGAUGAAGGGCUAGACGUUAAUGUGCAACUAGAUCGUGCUGCUAUAGCGGUGAAUGUCAUUACUUCUGUAGGCACUGAAGUAGUCUUAUUUUGAAAAAGGAAUCCAGGAGAUAUGAAAGCUGUAUUAGAAAAAUUCCAGAUAAUAAACAUGUGGACAGUCAACCAAACUAUUUGUCUGCCUACCUUGAACCCUUCCAUUGUGUUUUAUUUGUUCCAUGUCAGCCCAACCCCAAGAAAAAAAAGUUUUAGAAUGACCACUUUUCAGCAUCAGUCUGUUUUUAGAUAAUUUUGUUUGUAUUUUUUUCUGCACUUUCUUGCUCUUGGGUAUUGUUUGGCUUUAUUACAAGCCAUAUAGAAAGGGAACGUACUGUGUGUAGGGAGGAAAAUAUUGCUGUCAUUUUACCACUACCAUUUACUGAUUAGUUUAAGUCACUGAAUGUUUAGUAAAAUGUCGACUUGCAUAGCAGGGGUGUUGCGCCUAAUACAGCAACAGAACCCCCUGUCAUAAAAGAUAGCUCCAUUAUUUAAAAGGUAUUUUUCAUAUAUUAAGGGUGUCAACCAUUUAUGCACAUUCUGGUGAUGCAAGUGUCUUGUCAUGAUUAUAAAAUGUUUGAUCUUUAUCUUUUUCUUGAUUUUUGUGUUUUGUACUGAAGUUUAUUCAGUGUUGCAUAUCUGAGCAGUAAAUGUAUUGAAGAUGAUUGUUAAUUUUAUGAAGAGUCAAGAGUCUGUGUUAUUUCAGUGUUGUGUACUAGCAUGUUAUGUCUUACGUUCAUUUUUAACUGUGCUUACAGUCAUUACAUGGAGUUCCUCGUUCGAUAUUGAGACAUAACAUUUUAACAUUUCUUCUUGCUUUGUUCUUGUGCACACAAAACUGUAUCACCGUAGGUCUUUAACAAAGUUUACUAACUAUUAAAUCUGAAAUGGCCUUUGAACCGCAUGCUAAUGUAAGCAUUACCUAGUAGUUAUAGACCAUAAGCAAAACAAUGUUAAAAAUGAUUGUAAGAUGACUGUGAGUAGCUCUACUGUAAAUAAAUGUGGAACUCAAGUUUAAUCAUGCAAAAGUGAGUUCUGAGCUGUCAGAAGACCUAACAAACGUAAUUUCCAAGUGCAUGCCAUUUAUGCUGUUUCUUGUUUGUUGUUGUGGUAGAAAUCUUAGUGUUUUGUUUGUCAUGAAUAUUUUUCUGCUGAUCUGGUGCACUUGCUCUAAGUAUGUAAUUGUCUCUAAUGGUUUUUAGUCUUAGUGCAGUGUACUUGCACAUUAUGUAUGCAUUCCUACUGGCAUGCAUUUUGAUCCGUCAUAUGAAGCAAAGACAUGGGGAUUUAUCAGACUGUAAUCUGUCCAUGUGCUCAUUUUGAACAUUAACUAUGGGACACUUUUGUAUUCUAGUUCAGACAAACAUGUAGAACUUACUAUAUACAGACCAUCACUGUUCAGAUUUUGCAAGUUAAGUGGUAUGUCUUUUAAAAUGUGUUAUUUACAGGGUUGCAGCAUCAUGCUGUCUUACAUAGUGAUUCACUUCUAUGUAGCUUCAUGCCCAAGUGGAAUGGCUUGUUGAGGAGAUACUUUAAUGAACCACGGUAUAUGUUACUGAUGCAUUAAAAAUAGUGUGAAAUUAACAAUGAUACAGUAACAGAAAGUUUGCAUAUCAGGUACCUGUUUGAAUUUAUACAUCUUUAUAUUUUGAGAAAGGUUCAUUGAUGCUUCCUCAUAUAAUCUUGGUAAUAUGAGACACAAUACCUGUAGCUUUCUACCUUCUAUUCUUUUAUGCAAUGCUUUUAAUAAUCCUUCAGAAGGGAUGGGAUUAUCUGAACCAUAAAGCUAUAGAAAACAUGUACUACUGUAUAGUAGUGUUGGUUAGGUAUUACACUGUGUCCAUUCAGCAGACCUCAGUCUAUAUUUACAGGAAUGUCAAAUCAGGAUCCAAUAUGCUGUUUAACAUGUUAAUUGUUGUUCAUUAGUUCAUUAUUUUUUUAGAAAGGAUGUUUUGCUGGUGGGCCCUACCGUUCAUCAGCUUAAUGUCAUGAUACCAGGAAAGAUUGAAUUUCCAUGUGAUCAUAAACCACCAUUUAUAAAGUA